CCCGUAAUGCCGGUUAAGGUUAGCUUAAGAUUUAUGUUUCAAAUGAUUGUGUUGCAUUUGCUCAAUUUUGGUAAAAUAUGUGCAGGUUUGGUAAACGAAGGUGUUGAACCAACUAGUACUCAAAAUGACAGACUUCUUGGAGGACUUAUGGCUCCUGGGUUGGAUGAGCUAUCUUGUUUAAGCAGGUACCAGUACUUCCGAUACCGGAAAACCUCUCGUAAACCAUCCUCUUAUCUAAUAUCCAGACUACGAAGCUACGAACAGCUUCACAGACGUUGCGGACCGAACACUGAAUCCUUCAAGAAAUCACUCCAGCAAGUCCAAUCUGGUCACAUUGACAACACCUCAGACUGUAACUAUGUAGUUUGGACAUUCUCAAAUGGACUUGGAAACAGAAUGAUAUCAAUUGCUUCAUCAUUCCUUUACGCUCUCCUCACUGACCGCGUCCUGCUCAUCCACCAUGUCCCUGACAUUGACAUGGCUGAACUGUUCUGCGAGCCUUUUCCGAACUCAACGUGGUUUCUGCCUCUGGAAAAUCCAUUCAACGAUGAUUUCAAGAUCUUCAAUGGGCAAUCCCCUAAAAAGUACGGUAAUCUGGUGAUGAACAAGAAGAUAAACACUUCGACGAUGCCUCCACCGACACAUCUAUAUCACUACAUUGCUUACGAUUUCGAAGAUCAAGACAAGGUCUUUUACCAGGAUGAACAUCAAGCAUUUCUUGUCUCUGUGCCUUGGUUGAUUUUGAAGUCUGAUGAGUACUUCGCCCCGUCGUUCUUCUUGAUGAGAAGUUUCAGGCAGGAACUAGACAUGCUGUUUCCUGACAAAGAAACUGUUUUUCAUCUUCUCGGACGCUACCUUUUCCUUCCAUCGAACGAGGCUUGGGGACUAAUUACAAGAUUCUACGACGCUUACUUGGCGAAUGCAGAUGAGAGAAUUGGGAUUCAAAUUAGAGUCGUCAAUACACAAGUUAAUCCAUUUCAAAGUGUCAUGGAUGGGAUGUUAGCCUGUCUUUCUAGUCAAAAAAUUCUGCCUGAUGUCGUUGAAACGAAAAAAAUUUCUACGGAAACUCGACCCAGAAACCAGAGAAAAUCAAAAGCAGUUCUGAUAGCAUCAUUGUUCCCACAAUACUAUGAGAACAUGAAGAGUAAGUACUGGACGAGACCAACUGUGACAGGGGAGUUAGUUGGGGUUUAUCAACCAAGUCAUGAAGAAUAUCAACAGUUUGGAAAUAAUAUGCACAAUGUGAAAGCUUGGGCUGAAAUGAAUCUACUUAGCUUGUGUGAUGUGUUGGUGACGAGUUCUUGGUCGACUUUCGGGUACGUAGCUCAAGCACUUGGAGAUUUGAAGCCAUGGAUUCUUUACACAACUGAUAGUCAAGUGAAGCACAAUCCUUCUUGUCUUCGAGCCUUGUCAAUGGAGCCUUGCUUCCAUUUUCCUCCCAUUCUUGGCUGCCAGGCGAAGUAUAUGCGCGACAAUCAGGUCGUUUUUCCUCCAUAUAAUGACUGCAAACCUCAUGUCAAGCUCUAUGCCAAUACCAGUGAUCCUGUUCAUGUGCAGCAUUGUGAGGAUUCAACAUUCGGAUACAAACUGGUUCAUCAAAAGCAUUUAGUUUGA